AUGACGGGACCGGCAGACUUUGAACCCUCCUUCCGACAGCCGACCAUCAUGCUCACGCCCCCGGUCGACCACGAUCUCGGCCGCGGCCGCAAGAGGUACCGAAGCACCACUCGAUCGACCGUCAAGGGUCUUCGGCCGGAAGAGUCGAGCACCCUUCGAGGCCGCUCUCCUCGACGGGCCACCUCCCCCUUCCCACCCGCCUCCCGCAAUUCCUCUCCCUCGAUGCUUUCGUCGGCAACGCAGAUGCUCCACGACAACCAGCUGCGAAGCGCCCGCCGCGAGCACUGCCCGUCUCGGACCGGGGGGACUCGCUCCGAGCAGCAACCCCCUCGACGACGGCAGCAGCGCACCCGCAGCCGUAGUCGGGGACCACCACGCGCAGAGCUGCAUCGCCAUCGCUUGGCCGACAUGCCGUCGAGUUCGUUCCGAAACAAGCUGCUGCAGGAGCAUCCCUACAACAACGAGGGAGGGGAAUGA